ACUGCCACCGCCACAGUUCUGGUCCUACACUAGGGGAAAAUUUUAUUUACGGGCGGUGUGAAGUCGAGAUCCAUGCCACCGAUAACUUUUUUUCUUUUGCAGACAUAUCAUCACUUUCUUCACCAAGACUCUUUCAUUUUUUUAGUUUCGGGUUUUUUUGUCGAGCUUUCUCGACUACCCGCUUCUAAAUAUGGCGAUCCAGAAGAAGCAUGGUAAGGGUCGUUUGGAUAAGUGGUAUCGCCUUGCAAAGGAGAAGGGAUACAGAGCUAGAGCUGCAUUCAAGCUCAUUCAGUUGAACAAGAAAUACGGCUUUCUGGAGAAAAGCAAGGUCGUUCUCGAUCUUUGUGCUGCGCCAGGUUCCUGGUGUCAAGUUGCUGCAGAAUGUAUGCCCGCACAGAGUAUCAUUAUUGGUGUCGAUCUCGCCCCCAUCAAGCCAAUCCCUCGAGUCAUCACCUUCCAGAGCGAUAUCACGACUGAGAAGUGUCGCACUACUAUCAGACAACACUUGAAACAUUGGAAAGCGGAUACAGUACUCCAUGACGGUGCGCCAAACGUUGGUACAGCAUGGGUUCAGGAUGCGUUCUCACAGGCAGAGCUGGUCUUGCAGUCGAUGAAAUUGGCUACGGAGUUCCUGGUUGAGGGUGGUACCUUCGUCACCAAAGUUUUCCGCUCUAAGGACUACAAUGCAUUGCUGUGGGUUUUCAAGCAAUUGUUCACGUCGGUGGAAGCAACAAAACCCCCUUCAUCUCGAAACGUCUCCGCCGAAAUUUUCGUUGUCUGCCGUGGUUUCAAGGCACCGAAGCGCAUGGAUCCUAAAUUCCUUGAUCCGAAGCACGUAUUCGCGGAAUUAACAAACCCGACUCCAAACAACGAGGCGCGUGUGUUCAACCCCGAAAAGAAGAAGCGUAAGAGAGAAGGUUAUGAGGAAGGCGAUUGGACGCAGUACAAGGAGAUACCCGUCACCGACUUCAUUAACACCACCGACCCAAUUGCUAUCCUAGGUUCGUACAACAAACUCAGUUUCCAGCAACCAAUCAAUGGCGAUAUUGCCCUGAGUACACUCAACCGGCUGGAGGAAACAACAGAUGAGAUCCGUGCGUGCUGUGAAGAUUUGAAGGUGCUGGGCAAAAAGGAAUUCCGCAACUUACUACGAUGGCGAUUGAAAGUCCGUGAGCAAUUUGGCCUUGCCAUAAAGAAAGGAGGACAAGCCAAAAAGAAUGAGCCCGAAGAAGUGGCUGAAAUUGCCCCAAUGGAUGAAGAGCUAGCCAUUCAGGAGGAAUUACUGCGUCUUCGGGAAAAGGAAAGCUCAAAGGCGAAAAAGGAGAGGCGGAAAGAAAACGAGAAGAAGCGCAAAGAGAUCGUCCGUAUGCAAAUGCAUAUGACCACUCCUAUGGAUAUUGGUAUGGAGCAAGCAGGCCCUUUUGGGGAGGAUUCCACUUUUUCACUUAAACGUGUCGACAGAGAAGGAGCAAGGGAUGCGAUCGCUUCCGGAAAAGAAGCUAUGAUUGAGAGUGAAAGCGAAGACUCGGACUCAGACGCUGCCGACGAGAGCGAUGAUGAUGAAGGUGAUCGACUGGAAAGGGAGCUCGAUUCCCUGUAUGAGCAAUAUCAAGAUCGCAAAGAGGACAAAGAUACCAAAUUAAGAGCUAAGAAAGCUAGAAAGGAUUUCGAAGCCGAUGAGUGGGAGGGCUUUUCAGAGUCGGGUGAGGAAGAGUCGGUUGAUGAGGACUCUGGGUUUGCUGCAGUGACUACUGCCGGCAUUACACCUCCUAAAAAUGGAACCUUGUCCAAUAAUGCCGCCAUGUUCUUUGACCAAGACGUCUUCGAAGGCUUGGAGGACCUUGAUGAUAUUGAAGAUGAAGACGAUGAGGAAAAUGAGGAAGAUGAGGAAGAUAGUAGGAUCGAAAUGGAUGAUGAUGACCAGCCGGAGAGCAACGGUACCGUCUCAGAGAAGCAGAAAGGAAAGGAUGCGAAGGCAGGGGCGCAAAUGGCUGUAGAUUCUUCCGAUGAAGAGCCUGAGGACCUCGAUGAGCCGCGAAAGAAGAAUGGUCAAAUUGACAUUGAUAUUAUCACUGCGGAAGCUAUGGCCUUAGCUCAGCAGAUGGCUAGUGGUGAAAAGAAAUCACACGACGUGGUUGAUGACGGGUUCAAUAGAUAUGCUUUCCGGGACGUUGACGGUCUUCCGGAGUGGUUUCUCGACGACGAGACGAAGCAUAGUAAACAGAAUCGGCCCAUCACCAAGGCUGCUGCGGCUGCAAUCAAGGAGAAGAUGCGUGCUAUUAAUGCACGGCCAAUCAAGAAGGUCAUGGAAGCGAAGGGUCGGAAGAAGAUGAAGGCUGCGAUGAAGUUAGAAAAGCUGCGCAAAAAGUCCGCAUUGUUAGCGGAUGAUGAAGCGCUCAGUGAGCGGGACAAGUCGCAGGCCAUCUCGAAAUUGAUGAGCAAGGCAACCAAGAAGAAGCCCAAGAAGGAAGUGAAGCUGGUUGUGGCCAAGGGAACCAAUAGGGGUAUCUCCGGUCGCCCACGUGGAGUGAAGGGUAAGUAUAAGAUUGUGGAUUCCCGGAUGAAGAAGGAUGUUCGGGCCCAGAAGCGUCUUGCAAAGAAGAAACAAAGGUAAAUGAGAUGAUUGCCUAGACGAUUCCGAAAAAUACCACGCGUCGUGAGCUGCCGGUGUAAUUGAGUCGCAAAAUAUGAUAUGAUACCCAUUCGAGGGUUGUGUCUGUGUAUAGAAGCCUUUACCUAGUAGCAUUCUGCAGCUUUUUGAUAUACAUAAAUGUACAGCAUCAUCGUGAAAAUAAAAGAUUUAGUCAUCGCUUUAGAUUACCA